AUGCCGCCCACUGCAGGCGUAGCCGCGCACCCGCCACACGCGUAUCGCGUAUGGAUCCCUCCCCCCGCUGCAAUCACGCCCGUUACAGCCACUCACCCGCAGCAUUUUCACCCCUCUCGCGCGUAUUUCGAACCUCACGUGGAUCCAUUAGGGGAACAGAUUGCGGAAGAACGCGCGCUUGCAGAGGACCGCGCGCGCGCCGCGUCGAAAGUAGGCCAAUGGGUCGACGCGCAUUUCUCCGUUCCACCCGCCGCACCUGACGGCGCGAUUUCCGGCCAUGGCACAGAGGGUUACCCGUUCCCGUGCGAGCCAGAAGCGGCGGAAGAAGGGGGAGAAAUGAACGGUGAAGAUGGGAGCAUAAACGGACGGCGGAGAUCGUCUUUGGAGGACGAGGCGCUAGAGCGGAAGCUGGCAGCCGUUGAGAUGGAGAACUGCGAGAUGACGGGGCGAGUGGCGGGACUAGAGGCGAUGCUGCGCGAGCGGGAAAGGGAAACGGCGGACAUGCGACGGCAGAUAUUUGCGUACACGCAGGCGCUCGAAGCGGGCCGCGGCGACUCGUUGACGCGCGCGGAGCUGAUUAACCACGUGGUGCAGCUGACCAAUCAGGUGCAAGAGCUCGCGCAGGAGCGCGAUGCGCUGCGCAACGCCCCCAACGGCAUUGCGCUCACCUACGGCCUCCGCGCGCCGAGCGCGCUUACUGGCGGAGGCGCCAUCGGCGGAGGUUACGGCGGAGGCGGCGGAGCCGCGAACAUUUCUCGCGAUGUCGCACCGCCGGUCCAACGCUCCCAGUCGCUGCACGCGUCUUCCCAGCCCGUCAAUAGCGCGGCGGGUAGCACGGUUAACGGCUUAGCUCUUAGCGGGGACACUUGCUCUAGGUCCUUGUCGCGGCAGCCCGAAUCGCGACCGUACAUUCUCACCAGCUCAUCGCAGCCGUCCGUUCGGCCAGAACCGAGGGUUCCAAACUUGUACAAAGCCGCGUUUGCCGCUCCGCACUUCUCGCCGCAACUGGCACCACAGCCGGCGUCGCAACCAGCGCCGCAACCGGCGCCGUUCGGUGCGGUGCAAGUGGUGGGGCCGCAGAUCAGCCGCGUCGGGUCCAUGCCGCUUCCUCUUGUCCAAUCCGCUUCGAGCAUUUCCGGCCGCACCGCCAAUGCCGGCGGCUCUCUUGUGCGCGCGGGAUCUGUUGGGGGGAGCGUGGGCGGAGUUGAAGGCGCGCGGAGCGGUGGAGCGGGCGGAGGAGGGCUUGGCGGAGGAAGGGCGGGUGGAAUGGGCGGGAAUGGUGGGGGAGUGGGGCCGAUGAAAGCGAUGCCUGCUAAUCCGUUUGAAAGGCCGAACGUGUCUCACUACAGUCAGCUAGAGAUGCUGCUUAAAACGGGACGGGUUUCAAGGGCGGAUAUUCUGGCUGGCGUGCACGAGAAGUGUACAGUGCUGCUUGAACAGAUUGUCCCCCCUUCCCGCUCCAAUCCUCUUGUACGCCUUAUAAGCAAGGGCAUAUCGCACGCUACAAGCACCACCAUAUCUACGCCUCCCACCGAAGAGCUAUUCCAAUCUGACCCCUCCUCCUGUCUCAUUGGUUCCCUCCUCUCCGCUAUAGUCACACUCUCUUGGAGCCCCUCUUCAUGCUUCUUCGAUAUAAGCAUCAAGCCUGUAGCGAAUAUUACUGUACGCCGGCUACUGCUGAUAGAUUUUCUGAACGCGGUGUUUUGGCGAGGAGGGAAGGUGUGCGUGGGCGCGGCUGUGGAGGGGUUGGGAGGGGUACGGAGGAUUGACAAGUGGAUUGGUGUUCGGGAAGAAUCGCUGCCUUCCUGUCAAGAGCUUGCUGGCUGCAAGGUUUUGGUCAUGGUCAACACAAAAGCAGGUGCACAAUACAAGAGAAAGUGGGUGUUUGGAAAAUAA